AUGAAGUAUCACUUUUGUUCUUCCGGUGCUUUUCUCGUCGUCUUAAUCAUUCUUGUAACAAUCUGUUUGAGCAUUGAAGCUCAAACCUGCAAACCAAGUGGCAAAGUAGUUGGCGUAAAGCCUCCUAAGAAACAAUGUAACCCUCAGAACCACUCAGAGUGCUGCAAAAAAGGCAAGCUCUACACCACUUUCAAUUGCUCACCUCCGGUGACCAAGCAUACUAAAGCUACCUUAACGCUCAACAGCUUUCAGAAAGGAGGUGAUGGUGGUGGACCUUCAGAAUGUGACCAUAAAUACCACUCGGAUAAAACCCUGGUUGUGGCAUUGUCGACCGGAUGGUUCAACAAUAGAAAGAGGUGUUUACACCACAUUACCAUACAUGGUAAUGGAAGGAGUGUGAACGCCAAGGUUGUUGAUGAGUGUGACUCCAGAAGAGGUUGUGAUCCUGAACAUGAUUACCAGCCCCCAUGCCCUCACAACAUUGUUGAUGCCUCUAAAGCUGUUUGGAAGGCCUUGGGAAUUAAGGAAAGUGACAGCCGCUGGGGUGAAAUGGAGAUAUUCUGGUCUGAUGCCUGA